AUGGUUGAGAAAGAAAUCAAGCGUAUGCCUAACUGUGUUGUGGUUCCCGACAAUUAUCAGUCAUAUAAUAUUUCAGAUUUUUGCGUAAGUCCUAAGUAUGAGAACUAUGUCGACCGUUUAAUGUUACCAAAUGGCUUGAUCAAGGACCGUAUCGAAAAAGUCGCAAUACAGAUCAUUGAGAGCUUCGAAAAUGACAACGCACAGUCUAUUUCCAUGAUUUGCGUGCUAAAGGGUGGCUUCAAGUUCUUUGCUGACCUGAUUGAUGCCCUUGAACGGACUAUCAGGGCCCGGGGCACAUCGAUCCCCAUUGCUACAGACUUUGUUAGAGUCAAGAGUUAUGUUAACGCCCAAUCCGGUCCAUCUGUUUACCUAUCCGGUGUCGAAAACGUGGAAAGCUAUCGGGGAAAAGAUAUACUUAUCGUUGAAGACAUCGUGGAUACUGGCCGGACUAUGAGUAACCUGAACAAGUACCUCCGUACAUUGAAUGCAAGAAGUGUUCGCGUCGUAAGCCUUCUUGUCAAAAGAACACCUUUGAGUUGCGGAUACCGUCCAGACUUUGCUGGUUUUGAAAUCCCUGAUGAAUUCGUCGUCGGCUACGCCUUGGAUUAUAACGAUUACUUUCGAGACCUGCACGUAUGUUUUGCUUCUUUCCUCUUGACUUGUGCGCCGCGGUCAAAAUUCUCAGUUACUUAG